AUGGUUCAAAAGGCGCGGGAAGAUCCCAAGGCAGUGACCCAGGACUUCCUGCAGUCUCCCAUCAUGCGUGCCGCGUUGCCCUUCGUCAACGGCGGCUUAGCAGGCAUGUCAGCCACGGCUGUGAUCCAGCCCGUUGACAUGAUCAAAGUGCGGCUGCAACUAGCAGGCGAAGGCGUCAAAACAGGUCCCAAACCCACACCAAUCAGCGUGACGAGAGAUAUCCUCGCGUCCGGGAAAGUGCUGGACCUCUACACCGGGCUGUCCGCCGGUCUGCUACGGCAGGCUGUCUACACCACGGCACGGUUGGGUUUCUUCGACACCUUCAUGAAGAGUCUGGGUGAGCGGGCGAAGAGCCAAGGGAAGAAGGUAGGGUUUGGCGAACGUGCUACGGCUGGUCUGGCGGCAGGCGGUCUGGCGGCCAUGUUAGGCAACCCGGCAGAUUUGGCUCUCAUUCGCAUGCAAUCCGACGGCCUGAAACCAGCGGGUCAGCGAGCGAACUACCGAGGUGUCGGCGACGCGCUCAUGCGAAUUGCACGGAACGAAGGCGUACUAAGACUCUGGGCUGGUGCAUACCCCACUGUCGUCCGCGCCAUGGCACUGAACUUCGGCCAGCUCGCUUUCUUCUCCGAGGCAAAAGCGCAGCUGAAGAGUACCUCCAUGGGGCCGCGGGCGCAGACGUUGACUGCGAGUGCUAUCGCAGGUUUCUUUGCCAGUUUCUUCUCGCUGCCAUUCGACUUUGUGAAGACGCGGUUGCAGAAGCAGAGUAAGGGACCAGACGGGACUUUACCGUACAAGGGCAUGUUCGACUGCUUCCAGAAGGUCAUCCGCGAAGAAGGUCCGCUAAGGUUCUACCGUGGCUUUUCGACGUACUAUGUUCGCAUCGCGCCACACGCCAUGGUCACCUUGAUUGUUGCAGACUACCUAAACUUCAUCACGAAGUGA